UAUAUAUUUAUAUUACAUUGUAACCCAACCAGACCUAACUUCACGUAUAAAUAUUAAGUGCAAAUCAAAUAAUAAAUACUGGCAUAAUUAUGCAUGAGCUUAAAAAGAGUUUAAUACCUCAAAAAGCAUUUGAUAUUUUUAAGAGAAUUGAACAAUUAUACAAAGAUCAAGGAAGAAUUUCCAGCGAAGAACUAUUAGCACUCUACUCAUACUUCGGCGAGCCACUAAAUGAAGCUACGGAAAUUUUGGAAAAAUGUAAAAUCACACAGUAUUCCACUGGGGACUUCUGUCGUCAAAUAUUUGAUAUAUCCAUUUCCGAGGAACAGUAUGCAAUUUUCGAAAAUAUCAACUUUUGCCACUGCAAGUUUUUUGAAGAUAAAGUGUUAGGUGAGAAAACUUGCAUCACCUGUAAACAUGUCUUAGCAGUGUACUUAGCGAAAGCCACUGGCGAAUUAAAAAAGGAAACCCUUGAUCAUGAUGUUUUUCAACAGUACUUGAACGCUCAGUUGGGUGCGUAUUCAAAUAUAAAUAUGUAAAUUUUUUCCUACUGCAGUAAAACGGAAUUUUUGCAAUCGUCAUUCCAUUCCAUGCUGUUUUUUUAAUUAUUUUUUAGUUUAAUGAAGACAAUGUAUACACCAAAGUGCUGAUAUCUUUCAGUAAAAACUAAGCAAGUUAUAAGCUAAAAUAAAGUAUAAUUAAUGCAAAACAAUUGAACCAAACAAUAUUACAAGAAACAGUACAGUUUUCACAAUUAUUUUAUUCACAAUUAAUUAUAGUAAAGAUUCGAAAGUAUAUAAAAGUGAAAUACUAAUUGAUUUAAAAUAUAAUUGAUUUUACUUCGCAAAUAAUUAUUUCAACAGUAAAUUAAUAAUUAAGUACAUGUAAGUGCCUACUUAAUUUCAAUAAAACCACUUGAACAACGUCUGAGCGUUUUAAAAGUUAGAAGUAAAUCACUGUUUUCACUUUAUUAUUUAAAAUGACUGAUGAAUUAAGAAAAAUAUAGCUAUCUAAGAUGGUGACAUGGAGAACUUCCCAUUGUCAUUUGAUAUAAUUAUAUCAUGGGAAUAUAAUAUAAUACUGAUAUAAUAGUCGACUCACAAAGUAAAGCCAGUUCGUUAAUUAGCUCCCAAAUGUGCAAUGGACUUAAAAGGAAUAUUUAAAAAUAACCAUUAAGAAUGUUAAACGAAACUGUAUUGGUUCUCAACUGCUCGAUUCGUCGCUUCCACUUGCUCGAUUGCAAUAUCGGAGUUUCUUAUACUGCCACCGUACGACACCACCUAUAAAGAAAUCCGUAAAUAGACGCUUUAUGCAAGUUUUUUUAGCUUAAAUAGCACUGAAAAUAUGUAUAUUUAAAAGUGUUGCUUAAUUAUUUAAAAGAUGUUAAAGUUCAAACAAUUAUUUUCAUACAUAAUGACUGCAUGGAAUACAGUGAAACUCUUCAGAAGUUGGUAAUGAGUACCGUUAUAGUUUCCCAUGUAAACUAGAGGAUGAAUGUACAAAUUGAAAACGAUUACAGGAAAUCAAUUAAGCUACAUAAUCACUGCAAAACGCUCACCAACUAAAUAAAACAAUAAAUUAACUAUUAAGCAAAAACAUACAAUAGCGCCAUUACUUAAAAUACUCAAUUGGAAAGAUUUAAUGUGUGAUUGUUACCGCAAAAUUUAUUUCAGGAGCAAAAGGAGCAACUAAAGAAAUAAAACAAACUUUAAAAUUAGAAAAAUCUAUAUAUACACGAUGAUGUACUUAAAAAAUAAACCUAGUAUCUUCACAAAACAAUAAACAAUGUAUUCCUAAGCAGUGAAAAACAAACUCAAAAGUAUAUGAAUUAAUGUGAUAACUGUAGAUAGAUCUGUAUGUAGAAUUAAUCAAAAGUAAACUAUUGCACUAUUAGAAUACGAAAGUCCGCACUAUUAGAAUACGAAAGUCCGCACUAUUAGAAUGCGAAAUAGCGGUCUCCAUAUAACGAGGAUGUUAUAUAAAAAAAAGUGUUUUAUAUUGGAAUUAGAAGUAUUUCCUCUGUUGAAUAUUUAUCGAAAUAAAAUAAUAAAAUAAAAAUAAAAGAGUGUAUUUCAGGAGGUAACAUAAUCAUAACUCCCUUCAUCAUUAUGGGUUUUCCACGUCGUUUUUUUAAUUGAAUUUCAACAAGGCCUCCGAAAUGUUGAUUUAUUUUACCAAACGGGAAAUUAAAUGAUAGAGCAAUCUACAAACAUUGGCAAACUUAAAUGUGUUCUAUUAUCCGUAUUAUCUGUAUACCUUCAACUAUACUCUCAAGUUUGCUAACCUUAAUACACUUAUCCAGCCUCUUGGUAUUUAAAAAUCGACAAAAGCCCCAAGAAAGGGCCGUCCGAUAAGUACUUAGCCUCACCGCCCCACGGCGCCACUAUCGGAAAAGAAAUUUACUAUCGUGUAGUGCAUUAUUGUAGUCGGCCACUGAAUUGCAGCCGAAUCGGAAUCGCAGUCUUGUUUUGAGCAAUGACAUACUAUAACUACUAUACAUACUAUAUAUAGUAUAGUAUGUCAAUGAUUUUGACCACGUUGGGCGUCUCUGUGAUUUCAGAAAAUGGAAAAAGAGCAACAUCGGUCGGUGAUUCGAUUCUUGUUUCUGGAAGGAAAAUCACGAAGCGAAAUGAAAGAGCGUUUGGAUGCAACAAGCGGUUAGUGCCAGCACACGCAAACAAGAUUGAGAAAAAAAUCCGGUUCCUCAUAAUAAAAAAAUAUUCCCACAAAGGCUAUUUUCUACAAAAAAAAAUUUUUCAGUAAAGUAAAAGGUAGUUUAUCUAUUCCAGACCAAAAAUUGCUCUCUAUUUAAUUCCUACUUAAGUAUUAAUUGUUAUGUUAAAUACAGGGUGUUUCAGAAAUAAAUAUUCUAAAUCUGAGAUUCGAUAGAUCAUGAUGAAUAAAUAAUCAGAUGCAUCAUUUUAAUUUUAACCACAGCAUGUGCACAUAAAAGUACUCAAUAUUAUACCUAAUUUCAAUUAUUUUUUUGUUAUUCAUUGAAUUUGCUAUUAUGCUUUCUUUUAAAUUUUCCAUAGGAAUAUCCUACAUGUUGUAAUGGAAUACUUAAGGACACUCACGAAGAAGUACGGCGGAUCCUUGUUAACUGUAUAUUAAGAAAACUUGAUUAUAACAGAACGUUACUUGUUGGUUUGCUGACAUUGCUGAAUUACGAGUGUAAUAUCAAAUUUAGGUACUCAUUUCUGAAACACUCCACCAAAAAACGGCCCCAUUUGGAGAAGUGUUUUUCCACCAUGACAACGUACCGGUUCACACUCCGUGGUCGCAAGGGCCAAAUUGCUCGAAUUGGGCUACGAAAUGAUGCCUCAUCCACCGUAUUCUCCAGAUUUGAGCCGUGCGACUUAUUUUUGCUUCCCAACUUGAAAAAGUCACUCGCCGACCAGAAAUUUCAGUCGAAUGAGGAGGUCAUCAUCACCACGGAGGCCUACUUUGCAGACCUCGAGAAAACGUAUUUUUCAGACGGGUUAAAAACGUUGGAGCCUCGCUGGGUCAAGAGUAUCGAAUUAAAGACUAUCUGGAGAAAUAAUUUUCGUUUUUUUUCUACUAAGGCCAAGUACUUGUCGGACUUGUUGAUUUAUUAGACGUGGUGUGGGAAAAUCAAUGUUUAAUACAAUAUAUAAGCAGGUGGCUGCAAAAGUUUUGAUGUACUUGAGAAACUAUUAAACUAUAAGUUGUUUAAAGCUAAAUUAAAUAGCCUUGCAGUAAUACUAGUUGCAUAUUCUUUAUAUUCAAUUGCAUUCUAUGGGCUUUCUUAAAUUAAACGGUAAGAAAUAUAAUCAGUGUAUUGUAUGGUAUAUUUAAUUAUCAAAUGAUUCUUGCAAUAAUCAUUUGUUAUACUGCAAUGAAAAAGUUAUACUUCACA